AGGCAGUAGGCAGUGUGUGGAUGUUCUAUAUCAAACCUGCAGGUUUUGUCCCUUCAACUUGCAAUCCCCGAUUGGAGACAUUCUGACAGGAUACCGCCAGGAUGCCCCCCAAAAAAGGUGUGCCUGGCCAUUUCUGAUGUAAGGUCACCUAUUUUCUUCUUAGCUUCUGUCCUGGACAUUAAUUAUUAAGGUGCAAAAUUACAUUUCUCCUCAACUCUUUUAUGUUGCAAAUCCAAGUGGAGGGGAAAGAAGAUGAUACAGAUGCAAGCUCAAAGGAAGAGGAAGACAAACUACCUAGAAGAGAGAGCUUGAGACCAAAGAGGAAACGGACCAGAGACGUCAUCAAUGAGGAUGAUCCAGAACCAGAGCCAGAGGAUGAAGAAACAAGAAAGGCGAGAGAAAAAGAAAGGCGGAGGAGGCUGAGGAGAGGAGCGGAAGAAGAAGAAGAAAUUGAUGAAGAGGAAUUAGAACGAUUAAAAGCACUGCUAGAUGAGAACAGACAAAUGAUCGCUACUGUCAAAUGUAAACCUUGGAAAAUGGAGAAGAAAAUUGAAGUUCUCAAGGAAGCAAAGAAAUUUGUGAGUGAAAAUGAAGGAGCUCUUGGGAAAGGAAAAGGAAAGAAGUGGUUUGCAUUUAAGAUGAUGAUGGCCAAGAAAUGGGCAAAAUUCCUCCGUGAUUUUGAGAACUUCAAAGCUGCUUGUGUCCCAUGGGAAAACAAGAUCAAGGCAAUUGAAAGUCAGUUUGGUUCCUCAGUGGCCUCAUACUUCCUGUUCCUGAGGUGGAUGUAUGGCGUCAACAUGGUUCUCUUUAUAUUGACCUUCAGCCUCAUCAUGUUACCAGAGUACCUCUGGGGUUUACCAUAUGGCAGCUUACCUAGGAAAACAGUCCCAAGAGCUGAAGAGGCAUCUGCAGCAAACUUUGGUGUGCUGUACGACUUCAACGGCCUGGCACAGUACUCUGUCCUCUUUUAUGGCUAUUACGACAAUAAACGCACAAUCGGAUGGCUGAAUUUCCGGCUACCUCUUUCCUACUUCCUGGUGGGGAUUAUGUGCAUUGGAUACAGCUUUCUGGUUGUCCUCAAAGCGAUGACCAAAAACAUCGGUGAUGAUGGAGGUGGCGAUGACAACACUUUCAACUUCAGCUGGAAGGUGUUCUGUAGCUGGGACUAUCUGAUUGGUAACCCUGAAACAGCUGACAACAAAUUCAAUUCUAUCACGAUGAACUUUAAGGAAGCCAUCAUUGAAGAGAGAGCAGCCCAGGUGGAGGAGAACAUCCACCUCAUCAGAUUCCUGAGGUUUCUUGCUAACUUCUUCGUGUUCCUAACACUUGGUGCAAGUGGAUACCUCAUCUUUUGGGCUGUGAAGCGAUCCCAGGAAUUUGCCCAGCAAGAUCCUGACACCCUUGGGUGGUGGGAAAAGAAUGAAAUGAACAUGGUUAUGUCCCUCCUGGGGAUGUUCUGUCCUACGCUGUUUGACUUAUUUGCUGAACUGGAAGAUUACCAUCCUCUCAUCGCUCUGAAGUGGCUCCUGGGACGCAUUUUUGCUCUUCUUCUAGGCAACUUGUAUGUAUUCAUUCUCGCCUUGAUGGAUGAGAUUAACAACAAGAUUGAAGAGGAGAAGCUUGUGAAGGCCAAUAUUACCCUGUGGGAAGCCAACAUGAUUAAGGCUUACAAUGAAUCUCUCUCUGGGAACACGACAGGGCCACCCUUUUUCGUUCAUCCUGCAGAUGUACCCCGAGGUCCCUGCUGGGAAACAAUGGUGGGGCAGGAAUUCGUGCGUCUCACAGUUUCUGAUGUCCUGACCACUUAUGUCACGAUCCUCAUUGGUGACUUCCUCAGAGCAUGCUUCGUGAGGUUCUGCAACUACUGCUGGUGCUGGGAUUUAGAAUAUGGCUAUCCUUCAUAUACAGAAUUCGACAUCAGUGGCAACGUCCUCGCUCUGAUCUUCAACCAAGGCAUGAUCUGGAUGGGCUCCUUCUUUGCUCCUAGCCUCCCAGGCAUCAACAUCCUCCGACUCCACACAUCCAUGUAUUUCCAGUGUUGGGCUGUGAUGUGCUGCAAUGUUCCCGAGGCCAGGGUCUUCAAAGCUUCCAGAUCCAACAACUUCUACCUUGGGAUGCUGCUCCUCAUCCUCUUCCUGUCCACCAUGCCCGUUCUGUACAUGAUUGUCUCCCUCCCACCGUCUUUUGAUUGUGGGCCUUUCAGUGGUAAAAACAGAAUGUUUGAAGUCAUUGGUGAGACCCUGGAACACGAUUUCCCAAGCUGGAUGGCGAAGAUCCUGAGGCAGCUUUCUAACCCCGGCCUUGUCAUUGCUGUCAUUCUGGUGAUGGUUCUGACCAUCUACUAUCUCAAUGCUACUGCCAAGGGACAGAAAGCAGCAAACCUGGAUCUCAAAAAGAAGAUGAAACAGCAAGCUUUGGAGAACAAAAUGCGAAACAAGAAGAUGGCGGCCGCUCGAGCAGCUGCAGCUGCUGGUGGCCAGUAACUUUAUCAAAUGUCCUGGAGUGCCCAGAAGUACUCUUCAUGUCCAUCUUUUUGUGUGCUGAGCUAGGGUCAAUGGACGAGUGCCAGGGAACCGUUGCUCCAUGUUCUACCAUGCGUCAGCAAGGCCAUGACCAUCUAUCAAGGAAUCAUCAGCCCUUUUUGAGUGAGAAGAGUCUCACCAUGUUAUGUAUUUCUCCAGAUUCUGACACUUUCUCACUUCCCUGACACAUUCUCAAACAAAUGGAGUUUAAAUGUGGGUGAGACAUAGUGAUACGAAUUACUGGGUCUAAUUGACAGGAUAUUUUUAAAAAGUCAACAUUUCCUUAUAUAGACUUUUUCUUACACACUGGUUUAAUUUCUUAAAUUGGGAGGAGGGCUAUUAGGACAUCUUCUCCCCUCUGAAUUUGGAACUAUCUGUGUGCAGCAUUUGUUGUGGUCGUUCACUACUGUUUCAUGUGCACUGUCUUUCUUCUUAAUUCAUCAGGAUGGUAGAGUUGACUUUGUUCUCACCUACAUAAAAGUCACAUUCACAAAAUAUGAAUUUUAAGAGAAUUGCCUCACUUUUAAAAUACAAUAUUCUCACUCACAUCUUUUUUUUCUUCUGUCUUCCUACCCAAUGAGCCCAGUGAGCCCAACUCAUAUAUUUGCACCUGGAUUCAGUAUGAAAAGAAGGAGGCUUUUCAGGAGAAAUCCCACAUAUGAUUUGAGAGUCUCUGCAGUGCCCACUUAACAAUCAGUUUAUCACAGUGAGGACACAUGCAGUUCUUGGACUAACUGGAUCAUGAUGACUGUAAGGAAAGAAGGACUCAUAAACAACUGAUGGCCGGUCAGUGUCUCCUCAUCGAACCCUCAAUGAUAAUUUUUCCUGAACAACAUUGUUGUUGUCUACAUUUGUUUUUGCUUUUUUUUGUUGAGAUUAGGCCUUUAAUUGAAGCUUUAGAUUAUAGCAGUGUUUAAUCAUGUUUAUCUAAAGUGUAAGUUCACUGAAUGGUAGCACACAGCACCCUCCCUGUCUUGUGCUGUGACCUCAGUAGUAUCUUAUAACUCACAGCAUCUCCUUCUGGAGCUGAGCCAAACUCAAUUCCCUGAAGUUAAUGUCCUGAGUUUUGUUGCUUUUUAACUGACCCCUUCCUCUUUAAUCUUUUCUGGACCAUGGAAUGAUCCCACUGUUGUCUUGUCAAUUCCUUACUCCAUUCCUCCAAUUACUUUGUACAGAUUGGCACCUAGUUCCAAUCACUCUCCUAACAGGAUUCCUGAGAAUCUUGUAUCUGUAUCUUCAGGGUAGCAUCUGUAUAUUUUCUGUAAAAUUUCAUGGUUGUAAUUGAUUCUUACAUGCAUGGAUAAUCUUUCCUAUCUAGACUGUAGCUCUGUAUGAAGAUAGAUUGUAUCUUCUCAUCCUUUAUAUGUCUCAUACAGUGCUAGGCACAGUUGGGCACUGCAUAAAUGCUUCUUAAUUAAAUUGAAUCAAUUUGACUUAUAGCAGUUGAGACAAAACUUGUGUUCGAUGCGUGGAAAAUGUUCUGUGAUGUACGAAAUGGAUUAACUGCUGCCUGGCUUUUGUUAUCAUUAGACUGUAAUGCAGAUGAGUAAAUAAAAGAGCAUUGAUU